GCCGCCAAUGCCGCGAGGGGGUGGGUUCACGCGCCCCUUGACCCCAGGCGGUGAGCGGGCCAGUCUGUGACCGUGACCGUGUCUCCGCGGCCAUGUGGGCACCGGCGUCGCCGCGGGAGCGCGCCAUCUCGGAGAACAGCCUGGUGCUGCUGCUGCAAGGGCUGCGCGGGCUCGAGGCCACCGUGGACCUGCGCGACGAGAGCGCGGCCACCGGUCGCGUGGCCAACGUGGACGCGUUCAUGAACAUCCGCCUGGCACCCGCCGCGCUCACGGACCGGCGCGGCCGCCGCCACUGCCUGGAGCAGCUGCUGGUGGCCGGGCGCAGCGUGCGCUACGUGCACCUACCCGACGGCCUGGACGUGCGCGCCACGCUGCAGGCCCAACUCCGCCUGCUGCAGCGCCUGCGUCCCCCGACUGGACCCUCUCUGCCGUCCGGGGCGCUGGCGGACGUCCGGGUGCCCUGGCUCCCACGCUGCGACCCACGGGCAGGCCGCUUUGGGCACGCAGCGCUUCCCGCCACGCAGGGGGACACGGGCAUCGUCUUGCCGUGA